AUGUCUGCCACCGCCACGACGACGACGGCCGCCAGCGCCUCGACAAUAACCCUCGACUCGAGCCUGGCGGGCCACGACGAGGAGCAGAUCCGCCUCAUGGAGGAGCGCUGCAUCGUCACCGACACCGACGACAACUACCUCCGCGACGGCAGCAAGAAGGAGUGCCACCUCAUGGCCAACAUCAACAAGGGCCUGCUGCACCGCGCCUUUUCCGUCUUUCUCUUUGACCCGGUCUCAGGCAAGCUGCUGCUGCAGCGCCGCGCCCCCGAAAAGAUCACCUUCCCCAACAUGUGGACCAACACCUGCUGCUCGCACCCGCUUGCCAUCAAGGGCGAGCUCGAAGAGACCGCGCAGAUUGGCGUCAGGCGCGCCGCCCAGCGCAAGCUCGACCACGAGCUCGGCAUCCCUGCCGCCCAGGUGCCCCUGGACGACUUCCAGUACCUCACCCGCAUCCACUACCUCGCCCCCGGCGACGAGACGUGGGGGGAGCACGAGAUCGACUACAUCCUGUUCAUCACUGCCCAGGUGACGCUCAAGCCCAGCAUGAACGAAGUCUGCGACGUCAAGUGGGUCUCGCCCGAGGAGCUCAAGGCGUUGAUGACCGAGUUGGAUCCCGAGGCCUUCACGCCGUGGUUCAAGCUGAUCGUGGAAAAGUUCCUCUUCCCCUGGUGGGCCGAGCUGCUGCAGCGGAGGACGUCGAAGCCCGUCUCGGGCACCGCGGCGUCGGCGGCGGCGGCGGCGGCGACGUCGGCUCAGCAGGGCGAGGGCGUCUGCGACGCCAAGUCGCUCGCCGACCUCCAGCAGCACGUCAUCCACCGCAUGCUCUGA